AUGGAACAGAAACACCUCGAGUACAAGUAUAUGAAUGGUUUCGGCAAUCAUUUUUCCUCUGAAGCAUUACCUGAUGCUUUACCUAAAAAUCAAAACUCUCCACAAAAAUGUCCCUAUGGUCUUUAUGCCGAACAACUUUCAGGAACUGCUUUUACGGUAGAUAGAAAGCAUAAUCAACGAAGUUGGCUUUACCGAAUUCGUCCUUCCGUUUCCCAUAAACCAUUCACAAAAGUUGCUGAAAAAACUGACCUUGUAAGCCAAUUCGGCAAUACUAAUAAUGUUAGUUAUAUUCCAGACCAAAUUCGCUGGGAUCCGUUCAAAUUGCUCUCACCACUUUCUUUAGAGAAAGACAUCCCAUCGCAAAAUAUAAAUUUCAUUUAUGGUUUGCACACUUUAGCUGGCGCUGGCGAUCCAUCUGUAAAAAAUGGUUUAGCUAUCCACAUAUAUAAUGCAAAUCAUGAUAUGGUCGAUACUGCUUUUUAUAACUCAGACGGUGACUUUUUAAUUGUUCCGCAGCAUGGUCGACUUGAUAUAACCACCGAAUUUGGUCGUAUAAUGGUUUCUCCUUGUGAAAUUGUCGUUAUCCCACGUGGCAUUAAAUUUGCUGUAAACCUUCCUGAUGGUCCAAGUCGUGGCUAUGUUUUAGAAGUUUUUGUAGGUCAUUUCGAAUUGCCUGAUCUAGGCCCAAUAGGUGCAAAUGGUCUCGCUAAUCCACGUGAUUUCUUGUCACCUACUGCCUUUUUUGAAGAAAAAACGAAUUGUGAUUAUACUAUCAUGAAUAAAUAUGUCGGACAAUUAUUUGCCGCGAAACAAGAUCAUUCACCAUUUGAUGUUGUAGCUUGGCAUGGAAAUUAUGUCCCUUAUAAAUAUGAUCUCAAUAAUUUUAAUGUUAUAGGUUCCAUUUCCUUUGAUCAUCCCGAUCCAUCCAUAUUUACUGUGCUUACUUGUAAAUCCGCGUUUCCUGGAUCUGCAAUCGCGGAUUUCGUGAUCUUUUCACCUAGAUGGUUAGUUCAAGAACAUACUUUUCGUCCUCCUUAUUUCCAUCGGAAUUGCAUGUCAGAGUUUAUGGGACUAAUUCAAGGUAAAUAUGAUGCUAAAGCGAAAGGAUUUCUUCCUGGUGGUGCAAGUCAUAUGACAGCGCAUGGUCCAGAUACUACCACUUUUGAGAAAGCGUCUAACGAAGAAUUAAAGCCGACGCGAAUACCCGACGGUGCAAUAGCUUUUAUGUUUGAAUCAUUUCUAAUGCUUGGCAUAACUACAUGGGGCCUGUCAUGUUCAGAACUUCAAAAAAAUUAUAAUAAAGCAUGGGAGGACUUGAAAAGCUAUUUUGAUCCAAAUAAUUGUUCAGCAAACUAG